CCCAAAAGUCGUCGACAUGUCGGCAUUUUCAGAGGCAGCGUUGGAGAAGAAACUAUCGGAGCUUAGCAACUCCCAACAAAGUGUUCAGACACUGUCACUUUGGCUUAUCCAUCAUAGAAAACACUCGAAGACCAUCGUCAACGUUUGGUUCAACGAAUUGAAAAAAGCCAAGGUAUCCAGGAAGCUCACCUUCCUCUACCUCGCCAACGAUGUCAUCCAGAACAGCAAGAAGAAAGGACCCGAGUUCACCCAGGACUUUGCUCCUGUCAUCGUUGAUGCCUUCAAACACGUGUCCAGGGAAGGAGAGGACGGAUGUAAGAAACAGCUGGGCCGGGUUCUGUCCAUCUGGCAGGAGAGAGCUGUGUAUGAGAACAACCUGCUGGACCAGCUCUCUCACGUCCUGCUGGGAGAGAAGAAGGCCAAGAAGAGGCCGUAUGAGGAGAUUCAACUGGACGACCAAGAUCUGGCCUCCCAGAGCUCCCCAGCAGAGCCCCCACAGACGGCGGAGUUAAUCCGGGCCCUGCAGGAGCUGGAGAAUGCAGCCUCCGGGGACUCGGCGCUGCGCCAGCGGAUCUCCUCCCUGCCUGCUGAGGUGCAGGACCCGUCACUGCUGCACAGGAUCACAGCCAGAGGGACGGCCUGGCCCAGAACGAGCAGAAACUAGAAGUGCGUAAAUAAUCAUCUCUUUUAUUAUUUCACUACACACCCUCUUCUGUCAUUCUCCAUCUUCAUUCUGUCUGUCUCAAAUGUUCUCUUUUUGUAGCAUGCUUUUUCCUGUUUGUGUCCUGUAUCACCUCACCCUUUCAGGUGGUAUGCUUUGAAUGUCUCCAAUUGAAUCGAAUGGAGACUGCUCACAUUUUGCCACGAGCAACACUUCUGAAGUAUAAUAAUGUUCUGUCCCUUACCGAGUAAAUCGUUGAUGGGACAAAUUUGUUUUAUUUGGCCAUGUCCAAACUUGAGAUAUGCAUGCUUAACUGGAACUGUCAUGCAAAUUCUGCAUUGUCAGUGGGAGAUUUGCACAACAGUUUGAGUUAAUGUUUACCUCAAGUUAGGAUUCAAGUCACUAUGCCUCUCUCCACUUUCCAGUGGCUUCUUCCUCCCCCAGAAUGCUUUAGCAAAGAUGACAUCUCUCACUCCAUUACUUGCAAAACCACUACAAACUAUUUCCAUUGGUUUGUAAAACACGGUGGAGGAAAAAUGUAUGUUUUUUUCAAAUUGCUGAAUGCAUAACUGUCCAGCCUUUACCCACAGGAAGUCAGCAAGAUCAAGUCUUCUGGUCUAUGUAUCUGCAGUUCAACAAAUCUCUCUUGUAAUAAAGAAAAAAAAGAGAAUAAAAAAUUAAA